GAGCCACAGGCAGCAGAACCAUAGUCGAAGAGGUUAAGAAUAGUUUAAGAUGGAGUAUGAUGAUGAGAAGUACAAUCUAUUCCUUGAGCUCUAUAACGAGUCCUCUAAUGAGUCCUCCACUUAUGUGACUGACGAGCUUGUCACCCUGUGCCAGACGGUCGACGUGAACAAGUUUGGUGCCACAUUCAUGCCCUUGUUCUACCACAUUAACUUCCUUUUGAGCAUCCUGGGAAAUGGCCUGGUGCUGUGCAUCAUAUACAAGUAUGAAAAACUCAACACCGUCACCAACAUCUUCCUCCUCAACCUGGUCUUCUCCGACAUCCUGUUUGCCUGCAGCCUGCCUUUCUGGGCCACCUACUACUCCACAGAAUGGAUAUUUGGACGGGCACUGUGCAAGAUCGUGGGGAGCAUGUUCUCUAUCGGGUUCUACAGCUCCAUUCUCUUCCUCACCCUCAUGACCUUUGACCGCUACCUGGCAGUAGUGCAUGCCAUCACAGCAGCCAAGAGCCGCAGAAAGCUGUAUGCCUGCAGUCUGUCAGCCGCUGUGUGGUUUAUCAGCAUCCUGGCAGGCCUUAAAGAGCUGGUGCUGUAUGAUGUGCGGAAGGACCAUUCUUUGGGCUACAUGUGUGAGGAAAUGGGUUCCUCCAAGGCCGUCAUGACCAAAUGGAAGUUGUUUGGCUAUUACCAGCAAUUUCUGAUCUUCUUUCUGCUCCCCCUGCUCAUGGUGCUGUACUGCUACAUUCGAAUUACCGUCCGGAUCAUGUCUACUCGCAUGAAAGAAAAGUGCCGUGCGGUCAAGCUCGUCUUCGUGAUCAUCUUCACUUUUUUCAUUUGCUGGACUCCAUACAACGUUGUCAUUCUGCUACGCGCUUUCCAUAUUUCCCGCGACCCGGACAUUUGUUUCGAAGCUCUAAACUACGCUCUGUACGUGACGCGUAACGUGGCCUACUUCUAUUGCUGCGUGAGCCCCGUGUUCUACACCUUCGUAGGAAAGAAGUUCCAGAGCCAUUUCAGGAAACUGGUGUCCAAACGCAUCCCGUGUCUGAAGACCACCCUCCUGACCAGCCAGAGCUCAAGGACCACGUCGCAGAGAAGUCCAUACACCAACUGUGACUACUAGAAAGCAGACCUGCCUUACAAAACGAAAUAGGUCUGCAGACAGAUUGCUUUACCUGUUACUUGGAGUUUACAUUUUUCGGAGACUGUUCCAAAUGAAUGUUGGAUGAGAAUUUGUGUGGGAAGUAAAUCCUUGUAAAAUUUCAGUAGGCCUAGGCGAUAUACUGCAAUGAUGCGAGUUUGCAAAAGCGCUGAAGUUGUAGCCCAUGCAAGUUAAUGUGUGGGGCAUUCAGGUGAGUGUGGACUGUGGCAGCUGACUUUUACAGUAGGUCUAUUAGACGAUUUUAUGAUUGCAUGAUUUUUUCAGGUGACGAAGUUCUCAGAAUGUACUGUUUUUGUUGCGGCUUGCCUUGCUUCUUUAAAUAUAUUUAGGCUAUGCAUUAAAACAAAGUAAAGCAUGGAAAUACAAGGAAUUUAGUGUGUAUCUCUUUGUGUAUUGUGUUCUAACCACAAAUAAACAUUUUCAAAACACAA